CCCUCGUGUGCGGUCACACCAAUGCCAAGGUACGUGUCCAAAAUCAUGAAUCGAAAGUAAAACAAUACAAUGCUGCUCCUUCGGAACGCAAAUACUCGCUAAACUCGUGAAAUCGGCAAGUGCGAAAUCACCAGGUCAGAUGCACUGCGUCGGCGAACGGCGAAGCAAGUGAUUCGAGCACUGCUCUCAAAAACAAAACACCAAGCACCAGCAAGAACAACAACAACAACAACAUCCACGGCGGAGAGGGCCAGCAACAGUCACAGUCAACACAAUAGGAUCACAUUCCCAUAAAGGCAUCAAAAUGACAGUACAGAGGAAUCUCUGGGUCUCCGGCCUGGUGACGCUCAUCCUGCUGCUCUACUGGACGGACGCAACGGGCGGUUACUUUGCGGCCCUCAACGCGGCGGAGACAAGCAAGAAUUGCUUCUGUGAGUUGGAGGGAUCGAUAAACGACUGCAGCUGCGAUGUUGACACCGUGGAUCACUUUAAUAACAUGAAGAUCUAUCCCCGGCUACAGAGUCUGCUCGUAAAGAACUUCUUUCGCUUCUACAAGGUGAACCUGAAGCAGGAAUGCCCCUUCUGGCCGGACGAUAGUCGUUGUGCCAUUCGUUUCUGUCAGGUGGAGAACUGUGAGGAGCAGGCCAUACCGCAGGGCAUCAAGGAUAAGGGCGAGCAGAAGGAGAGGGCCGCUGCUUUUAAGUACACCCGAGAGGCGCAGCGGGAGGGCAAAGCCUGCUCAGAGAUGGAGGACUUUGACAGCGCCUUGGGCUUUCUGGACACGAGCAUCAGUGACCAGGCACACCGGGAGUUCGAGCUGUGGGCCAAGCAUGACGAGGCGGAGGAGGACUUUUGCAUAGUGGACGACCAUGAGGAGGGUAGCCAGUAUGUGGAUCUGCUUCUCAAUCCAGAACGCUAUACCGGCUAUCGCGGAGAGUCGGCGCACCGCAUCUGGAAGAGCAUCUAUCUGGAAAACUGCUUCGGUGGCAACAACGAAACCGCAAACAAGUUCUCCAGCAUUGUAGGCCACUUGGAUCUAAGGGAUAUGUGCUUGGAGCAGCGCGCCUUUUACCGCAUCAUCUCUGGCCUUCACUCCAGCAUUAAUAUUCACUUGUGCUCCAAGUACCUGCUGUCCGAGACGAAGGACUUUCUCGAUCCACAGGGUCAUUGGGGUCCCAAUGUCACGGAGUUUAAGCGAAGAUUCAGUCCGGAGACCACGGCAGACGAGGGUCCUCACUGGCUGCGCAACCUGUACUUUAUCUACCUGGUGGAGCUGCGUGCCUUGGCCAAGGCAGCGCCCUAUCUGCGACGCGAGGAAUAUUAUACGGGAAUAGCCGAAGAGGAUGAGGAGGUGAAAAUGGCCAUUAACGAUCUGCUGGCUGUUGUGGAAAACUUCCAGUCCCACUUCGAUGAGAAUGCGCUCUUUAGCAGCGGCAUAGCCUCUAUAAAGUUCAAGCACGACUACAAGGAAAAGUUCCGCAAUAUUUCCCGCAUCAUGAGCUGCGUGGGCUGCGACAAGUGCAAGCUGUGGGGCAAGCUGCAGACCCAGGGUCUGGGCACAGCUCUGAAGAUCUUAUACUCAGAGAAGCUAAAUCUGGCCACGGAGAGUGGUCUGUGGGAUAUGCCGCACAUUGAGGCCGAUCCCAUUUUCAGGCUGUCCCGUACGGAGAUUGUGGCGCUGUUUAAUGCCUUUGGCAGAUUAUCCAACAGCAUAUACGAGAUGGAAAACUUCCGGCGAGAAUUAAGGUAACCCAUCCAGACUGAAAGCUUCACAGAAGCUGAUCAGCAACGCGGCUCAACCUACUAGUUAAUUCAAACGCACAUCGCUGGGACUGCAAGUGAUUAGUACAUCUUCCUGAUGGCGGUUGUCCCCCCACCUCCCUCCUCUAGACCGGCCAGAGGCUAGCCACCCCGCAUUAGCUUCCCUGUACAUAUAUGCAAACUAUUGACCCCCUAGGCUACUUGUACUUUAGCACACCGAACCAGCAAACAAAAAGCAGGAAAAACAUGACAGCCCAGGAAGGAUGCAGGUGUUUAUUGUAAGUUAGGAUAGUAUUUAUUGUAGCUGAAGGAGCUUUGUAAGAGCAUUGUGCAAUAACUCGACCUCACGACACAAAUUAUAAGAAAUAAAAGUGCAGUUAGAUGUUUCCUAA